CGGAACAGACUCCGAGCAACUGCACAAGCUCUUCCACAGCGCAUUUAUAUCAGGCAUCCCUUCACACUCCGCUCACUCUCCUACACAGUUGAGUGUACGACGAACGCCUUUUUAAAUCCUGCUGUAUAGAAAUAUUUUUGGAGUUUGACAUGCUGAAUACCGUACUGAAACAACUGAAAAGCCACCCGGCUUUGAUUCCUCUCUUUAUUUUCAUCGGUGGUGGAGCGGCCAUGUCUAUGCUUUACCUGGGCCGCCUCGCUCUAAAGAACCCUGACUGCUCAUGGGAUCGCAAGAACAACCCAGAGCCAUGGAAUAAACUUGGGCCAAAUGACCAGUACAAGCUCUUCACUGUCAACAUGGACUACUCUAAACUGGAGAAGGACAGGCCUGACUUCUGAGCAAAGUGAAUCAGCUGGGUGUGUUAAACGCUGCACUUCCUGCCCCGGAGGUCUAUUCAACAUGACAUCAGAUGCUAGAAUGUGAAUCACCAUUUAAAGUCUUUAAAGAAACGUGAGAAAGUGAGAACAUACACAUAAGCUAUAAGAUCUGAGUGUAUAUCGUUAGUCAGAAACAAUAUUUUCUUUACAGAUACACAUAUUGACACCUCAAAGGAAAUGCAUCAUCAAACCUGUAACAAUAUCAUCUAUAGUUAUCUUCCUGUUAUCCAAAUAAACAAGACAGACAGCAAUAACAGAA